CUUUAGGUAUUACACUCAUGUUUCACUUUCCAGGUUCAAACUUCAAGUAAAAAGUAAACUAUAACUAACUGCAGACGUCACUGUAGUUAAAUUAAUAUAGCCCUAAUAAGUUUAUAAUUCAAUUACAAAACAAAAAUACCAUAAAUUAUUACCAGCGUUCUGGCUCCGUUCUUUUGAAUUGUAGUGAUAUAUACAGUUUCAAUUAUUUGCGGGCCAGUGUUAAAACCUACAAAGAUGCAACUGACGGUGGAUCCAAGACGUGCUGACCGUGAACGUCGUUACAAACCUCCACCAGCAUCUUCAGCUCCAGCUGAAGAUCUCACUACAGACUAUAUGAAUAUACUCGGUAUGGUGUUUUCAAUGUGUGGUCUUAUGAUGCGCCUUAAAUGGUGUGCAUGGACUGCGGUGUUCUGUUCCAGCAUUAGCUUUGCCAACUCUAGAGUAUCAGAUGAUACAAAACAGAUUGUCAGCUCCUUUAUGCUUUCAAUAUCAGCUGUUGUCAUGUCAUAUCUACAAAAUCCUGCUCCUAUGUCUCCACCGUGGGCUGCUCUAACAACAUAGUCACCAAUUAUACUUUAAAUUAAUAAAAAUAUAUUUCAAAUGUUAUCUAUUAAUAUAUAUUGUGAUUUUAUUUCUUUGAAAUAAUUCAACUGAAUAAUAAAGAAAAGACUUGCAAAUUAUUAGUAUUCAGUAAAUAAUAUGUAUUGAAACAGAAGGCAAUAACAACUAGUUUGUUAUAUAUUUUUGUAUACUAAUCUCUUAUAUUAUUUAUAUUUCCAACCCGUUG